ACCACUAAUAUGGAGUGUCUGAUACAAGGUACAAAUUCAGCAAACAACAAGAAAAUUGCUCUCCUCAACAUUUUUCUCAUCAUCCUUGCAACAAAAUUUAAAAACAGCAUUCAGUUAACGUCGAGUGAUUGUGGAUUAGAAUACAGACGCCCAGAAUACACUGAUAUCUCUGUGGAAUGUGGAACGGAAUACAUCGGGCUGGCCAUUAAAUUCUGUCCUGUCAUAUACUCUGGCUACAACGAAUCACUGCUCACCCUCAACAACAUCAUAAAUAACCCAGCCUGCCAGGCUACUCUUGACGCGACUGCAUCACCCGCUGUGGCCCGAUUUAGGAUCCCACUCAACAUGACCAAUGCCUGUGGCAGCAACUUUGUAUCGAUCAGAAGUAUAGGAACAGGCGCAUUCUCAGACUUCUCCAACAUCGAGACAGUAAACAUAAGUGGAGUUGUACGAUCCAAUGACAUCACAACAGGCACAGUGACAUACAGUGCUGAGCUGAAGUACUUCUACUCAUGCGCCUAUCCUCUGGAGUACCUGCUCAACAACACCCAGAUUGAUGUGUCAGGCUCUUCGAUUGCAAUGAAAGACAACAAUGGCAGUUUCAUCAGCACUUUGAAUCUCCAACUCUUCAACGACAUAAACUACACUCAGACUCUCAUCAUGCCUUCCCUCGGGAUUGAGCUGAGGACAAAUGUGUUUGUGCAGGUGGAGGCCACCAACUUAACCGCCCAAUACUAUGUACUGCUAGACAGAUGCUAUGCUUCCAUUUCCCAUACACCCACUACCACCAGCUAUUUCAACCUCUUUGUGCCAUGUACCAGAGAUCGUCUCACUAAAAUGCUGGUGAACGGUGAGAUGCAGCAUGCCCGGUUCUCGUUUCCAGCUUUCCGUUUUACAGAGCAGCUGAACAAGACAGUGUCAACAUACUAUCUGCACUGUAUCACUAGACUGUGUGAAAGAACAUCCUGCAGCAUCUUUACGCAAUGUGCAAAAAGGAGAAGAAGAGAUGUGGUUCCCUUGACCACUCCUGCUCCCAAUGGAGUCACAGAUACCACCACCAUCACGUCACCAGCCAUCGUCAUACGCGCAGACAGCAUGGUGGCAUCAAAAGAAGAAGGUGUGUCGAUCAGCACAAGUAAACCUACUGAUACUUCUGUGGGUCUUGGUGUGGCAGUGGGCAUCCUGGCAUUCGCAUGCAUCAUGAUUGUGGGAAUGGGAACAGUUUUCUACAAGAGAUACUGGCACACCGGCCCAUCAAAAAUGCCACACAGGGCAUAAAGUGCCCGGCGACCUCAGACUGCCUUGUUCCUGCAUCGAGACAGAGGACAGUUGUUGGCCUGCCCCGUCCCGGGCCGAUCUCUCACAGCCAGAGGGCUGAGCAAGACUCAGCAUAGAACCGUUUUUGUAUCAGAUCUUUUCUCUAUAGUGCUUUUUGGUGAAUAAUCAUAGCAAACAGAAGACUAUAAGGUUUAUAAAUGUGGUUUAGAAGAGCAACAAUGCAUUACAUCAACUUGUAAAGCGUUUCAUUUAGUUUCAUUUGUAGAGUUUGAUAUGAACAGCGUGGAGGGGGUGACAUUUAUAGUUAAAAAACAUACAAAUAAUGCUUUAAUCCUUAGUUUUGUUGAUAGAGAAAUGAGAAUUCUUAACUUUGUGUUUGCAACUGUAUUUGCAUCAAAUACUGAAAUUACUGACUGACCCAUCAGAAUAAUCCAAGUGAAUGUAAUGUGCUGGUAUCUGUAAAAAAAACAAAAAAACCAAUACGAAAUGGAUGUAAAUUUGAAUGUGUGUGGAGGGUUUGAAAGUUCUCUUAGAAAAAUUACUCUACUUUCUAAAAUGUUAUAUGUGUUAUUUAAUAAAGAUGAAUCUUUUUGCUUAACCACCAUAAAAUAUUGACAUACCCAAAUUUACAUUCAAACCACCAAGAAUAUUCAUGCCCAAUCCAAAAUAUCACGACAUUUACAAUGAUAUUUAGAACUUUCAAAUAAAUUGAAGUCCACACUUUGAGGGCAUAGUUUUUUUUUUUUAGUUGUCCAACAUCAUAAAUAAAAAAGAGAUGGAAAUGAAAGCAAUUUUGAACAGGAGAGGAUUGAAGAAUAGUUCAGUAAUGCAUCAAUUUUUAUGUCUAAAUUUAUGUUCUUGGUUCUGCACUUUGUAUCAUUGUA